AGCACACGGUACCAGCGAACUGAACAUAGCGCCUGUACUUUUUGUACGUACGUACGUACGUACGGCCGGCCGCGGGGUAGAAAAGUAUAUACACUGUACAUGUACAUGCAUUAUGUUGUAUGAGUGAUCUAUCUGAAGGGUGGUACUGGUGACGACGGUAGGCUGUCCUCGAAUUAUUUUUGUAAAUUUGACGGUAUCCCACGACAAAAAUGGAGAUCAGUACUAUGAAUGAAGAUUCAGUAUCAGAUUUACCAGACGGGAUGACGAUACCGGUGCGGUCGGUCUCCCGGAACAAAGAGCCCUCGCCCAACUAUGAGGGUGAGAAGGCCACCUGUCUCAAGUAUUUUGACCUGUGGAAGGAGAACGAGCAGCUGGAGUUUGUGGAGCACCUCAUAGCGCACAUGUGCCACUACCAGCACGGCCAGCUCAACUCCUACCUCAAGCCCAUGCUGCAGAGAGACUUCAUCUCGGCGUUACCCAAGAAAGGCCUAGAUCAAAUAGCAGACAAGAUCCUGUCCUACCUGGACGCCAAGUCGCUCUGCGCAGCUGAGCUAGUCUGCAAGGAGUGGAAGCGGGUCAUCUCGGACGGGAUGCUGUGGAAGAAGCUGAUCGAGCACAAAGUGCGGACAGACGAACUCUGGCGGGGGCUGGCAGACAGGAGGGGAUGGGGGCAAUAUCUCUUCAAGCCAAAGCCUGGAGAAACGCCGCAGUCCGAUAUUUACUUUAGGAAGUUGUAUCCACGAAUUAUUCAGGACAUAGAGAAUAUAGAGAACAAUUGGCGGUGUGGCCAGCACGAAUUGUUCAAAAUCCACUGUCACAGUGAGAACUCCAAGGGGGUGUAUUGUCUACAGUAUGAUGACCAGAAGAUUGUCAGCGGGCUCAGAGACAAUACAAUCAAGAUCUGGGACCGUCAGACGUUGCAAUGUGUACAGGUGCUCACUGGUCACACGGGCUCUGUCCUGUGCUUACAGUAUGACGACAAGGUCAUCAUCACCGGGUCAAGUGACUCCACUGUCAGAGUGUGGGACGUCAACACCGGCCAGAUGCUUAACACACUCAUCCAUCACUGCGAGGCAGUGCUUCAUCUUAGGUUCAGCAACGGCUUGAUGGUCACCUGUUCAAAGGACCGGUCCAUCGCAGUGUGGGACAUGCGGUCGGCGACCGAGAUCAACCUCAGGCGAGUGCUGGUGGGUCACCGGGCGGCAGUCAACGUGGUGGACUUUGACGACAAGUACAUCGUGUCGGCCUCUGGAGACAGGACCAUCAAGGUAUGGAACACCUCAACGUGCGAAUUCGUCCGAACACUCAACGGUCACAGGCGAGGCAUCGCGUGUCUACAGUAUCGAGACAGGCUAGUGGUCAGCGGAUCGUCCGACAACACAAUCAGGUUAUGGGACAUUGAGUGCGGCGCUUGUCUCAGGGUAUUAGAGGGACACGAGGAGCUGGUGCGUUGUAUUCGCUUUGACAACAAGCGCAUCGUCAGUGGGGCCUAUGACGGUAAAAUCAAAGUUUGGGAUCUCCAAGCUGCGCUUGACCCAAGGGCUACCUCAGGGACCCUCUGCUUGAGAACGCUAGUGGAACACACGGGACGUGUGUUCAGACUACAGUUCGACGAGUUCCAGAUUGUCAGCAGUUCCCACGACGACACUAUCCUGAUAUGGGACUUCCUGAAUGUGCCCCCCACCGAAUCACUGUCCAGCACAGGCAAAUCGCCUUCACGUUCCUACACCUAUGUCACACGGUAGAGAUGAUCUCGUCACCUGAAGCCGAUCUCAAAGGUGUACAGAACUUCAAGGUAUAUUCAAAAAUUUUUACGCCAAAAUAAAAUUGACUACGGUCAAAAAGACACUCAUUUUUUGUAUGUAUAAGGUUCAGUCUUUGCAAUGAGUUGAUAUUAUGUUUGUGAUUAUGUCAGCAUGUGUGGACAUGUCAAGGUUUUUUUCAUUAGAUGCAACUUUUUCCACUGAAUUUCCUAGAGGGUACUUUGCAUUUGUUGUAACGUGAUGGAGCAUAAGCAUUGUGUAUGAUAAUAUAAAUGACCUGUUGUGGGCUCUUGAGGGCUCACAUCCUCUUGGGGGCGCACUUCAAAACGAUCAGUGUGAAGAAGAAGUGACAGGGCCCUUUUUCGUGACUCUCAUCAAGUCUCGUGUUCAGAAAAGCAGGCCAUGUUGGGCCACAUUUCCACAGAGGGUGGACAGAUUUGCUUUGCACGCUCCAAGCACUUUGAACAGCAUGUACGUGAUAGGUAAAUGGUUUUGAUUGAAUAUGCCUCGGCUAAAUUUACCUCCUACCAUAAUGGUAGUGGCCUGGCUGACUUCACCAGUGAACUCUGUACGCAGCCAGUUGACCAUAAUUGAGAGCCCUCUCAGAUAAGCAUUGGCCAGAACUGGACAGCAGUGCUUGGUGACGUGAUGGAAGAUUUCAAGCGAACUUGGUGUCCUUAAGGAGGUGAACAAACAGAAGACAGCCAACAACUGGAAACACUGCACUUUAACACGACCCGAAAUUAUUUAUGAUUGAAGGGUGCUUGAGUAUCACCAUGGUUCCGCUUGUUGCCAGAGCCCUGCUGUGAGCAUGAGCCAGCAACAUCUUUUUUGUCUUUUCUGAAGAAUCGCAUUCCUGUACAAAGCGUACCUGGGCAGGCCAGAGUCAUCUUACUCCCUGUCAGUCGUGCAGUGGCUUGGCCCACACACACACAAAAAUCCCACAACACUGCAAGUGAGAUGGAUCACUCUGUAGAAAUUGUGGAAUCACCACAUGCUCUGACAGAAUAACGGAACUGUGAGUCCCAGGAUUUCUUGACAGUUUUCACAAGCAGAGGUUACUUCUGAGUUUCACUCUGACACCCUUCCCCAUUUUGUGGGCCAAUUUUCAUUUCAAGAUCCAGUUAUUUUCAAUUUUGUCACUUCAUGCCAGUCUAUGCCGGCGAGCCUGUCUGAUUUCCCCUUUUCUUCAAAUGAUCUCUUGAGGGCUCCCUGCCUUUUUUACAGGGCCACACAGCCACUGUGACUAGUACCAAUUGCUGUGAAGAUGACACUCCAACCGUGGCCGAACUAUCUCACCUCUGAUUUAAUAGGGCUUUUACAGAACAACAAAGUAUCAUAGUUCACAUAAUUUCACUCAGGCUCACAGACUUUUAACAAAUACCCGUCAGUCAUCGCCUCAAGGCAGUGUGAUAAAAAAUACAAACUUUGAAAUCUUCUCUGGUGUUUGUUUUAUGUGUUGGUAAGUUGUAUUCUGACAAUCAAGUACAAUUUAACUAGCAAGUGCUGUCAAGUAAUACAUCUGGCUGAUUAUUCUUAAAAGGGAAAUUCUCAUAUAUUGGACUGGAGUCCAAAUGUAAAUAAUUAUGUCGAAGUUCCCUGAAAUGAGAUUUUUUGUUUUGUUUCAGCUGCUUAUUUGAAGGGGGGUGGGUGGGUUUAUUAACCGUUUGACCAUUUCUUUGGUGCACUCGAUGAGGUGUCAGGCACAAGAGGUUACAAAUUUUUCAGUUGUUCAUUGAACUGUUUGUUUGACAUAUGAUCUUCUCUCCUUUUAAAUGUGUCAUCUGGGUUCAUGCAGUCAGGUUUCAUGUUGUCAUUUGUAGGCAGUUCAGAUUACUUGACCACUGUGGCCUUCUGCCCUACGUACACAUGGCCCUUAUUGGCUUCCAAUUUGUUGCGCAUUCGGACAGGCUUCGUGUUUGUAGCUGCCAUUCAGGUUAAGCCUCCGAUAGUGGCCUGUGUGGGCCACUGUGGCCCCUUAAAUGCCAUUUGUCAUUGCAGCCAUUACCGGCCCCUUUUCCAUAGUGGCCUUCACAGGCCACCUGCCAAUGUGGACAUUAUUGGCCACUCGCUGUUGUGGCCUCUAGAGGCCACCGCCAUCACGGCCAUUUUACUGGCCAUUUGUCUGUAAUCUUAUGCCCUGCGUGUCCGCCUUUCAUUGCACAGGCACACGAUUAAGUUGAAUUAACUUCCAAUGCAAAUUCACUGUAUCCACAUAAUGUGUAGUUUAUUACCAGAAACUCAAAAGAUGUACAGGCUGCAGCCGAAGAAAUUCUGCUAAUAUUAUUUCAAUAUCCGUUUACCCUGCUCACAUAAGAAAGUCCUGACUGUACCCACUCAGAAUCCAAAUGAUACAUAACUAUACGCUCGGAAUCUGGUGAAUUUCACUGAAUACAUGUACAUCAAAGUUUUAAUUUUGACCGAGUUGUAUUUUGUGUUGAUAGAAAAAAUGUGAUGGGGCACAUUUUUUGUUUUUGUUUCUAUUGCUCCAGGGUCCCAAUUGUCCUCAUCAAGACUUCGUGUUGAGUUUUGAAAUCAGUUGUGUAUAUAUAUGGUCGUACAUUAACAUUUAUUGUCACAUGUGACGGAUGCACACAUAUAUUCAUGCCAAUUUUCAUGAUAACUCGAGCACAGUUUGACAUGGUAGUGGUUGAUUUCCAGUUUUCUUGGCAAUACUGUCUAUUUACUCGGAAAUAAAGGAACAGUGAAGGCGCCCCCGCUUGACAAUACUCUAAUAGUGCGAUACUUGUGCAAGUGAAAAUGGCAACCUAAGAAAUGACUGUGACCACAUUUUGGGUUGGAAGCUGAACUCAGAUGCAUUGUUGCAAGAUGUUUUCCAUAUGGGAUAAAGUGAAAAAGGUCAAAGAGCUGGGAAAACGUGGCUUCUUGGCUUUUUAAACUGUCAGUGAUUCCUGGAAAAAAAAAAGGGUUGACAAGUUGCACUGAAUAAUAAUAGGUGUCGUUUCUUUUGUAUUUGACUUUGCUGAUUUUGGUAUUGUGUACUUCCCGUACCUGAUUUUUCUCAUUACAGUAAAAGUGUGUCUUAAGUGCAUUAUAAACACAUUGAAAUCAGUUCACUUUACGGAUGUAUACGUAUGUUUGCCACAACGAUGAUGCAAUUAUGUUUUGUUGGAACGACAUCUCCCCUUCCCUUGCCAAAAAAAUGCACAAAUUGUACCAUGGAGUCAUGAGAAGUUAAAGAAACAAGCCUUUGAGAUCGGUACAAGUGAUCCCUUUGGCGGGGAGUUUAAACUGCUCUUCAGUAGUUCCCGAACGACUAAGUAAAUGUGCUCUGCACCCCUGACCUUGCAAUGUCGGAAACUCAGUCUUGAAGUUUUGUUAUUGCAUUUUUUUCUUUUCUUCACAGUUUUGGUGUUUCUUUCAUUUCCUUGAGGUACAGAAUGUUCCCCUUGUUUGGUCAGGCCAGCACCUUUCGUAGGAUUGUGUCGUUCGAUGUGAAUUUAUAUUUUCCGUGGCCUUUUGGUGGUAUGUUAUAUAUCCUACUAUUUCAACGAAAUUGGUUUCAAGGAGUUUUGCUGUCACUGUGUUCAGUGGUUCUGUUCAUUUGGAUGUUAUCAAUUGCAAGCAGGUGUAACUUCUGUGGAAUUUAUUCAAAGUAGAUUGGUGCUCGCAAGAUCACUCCCGAGUGGCUCAGAAACUUGAGAACCAUUUUUCAUAUUCUGUUUUUCUUCAUGUGGCUGAAGCGAAAACACUAUUCCUGGAUUUGUGGAGGUCACUUUCUUGUGCAUGAAUUGUUGGCUUUAAAUCAUCCAAUGAUCAAUGCCAUCAACUCUUACAGAAGGAAUCAAUCAUUGCAAUUGUUUGUUUCAAGGUUUUUGAUAUUAACGUUUUACGUGUGUUUGGCACUGACGUCAAAAGAGGUACCAGAGAGUUUGGUCCGCAAUGGCGACUGAGAAGGAUGCCAUGUUCUUUGUACCGUCACCGAUACAUUAACAUUAAGUUAUUUGUGGAAUUUUGGGGGGGCUAUCCUUCCAUUUGUUUUCUAUUGUCUUUGUUUUGUAAAUUUGCUAAAUGCAAUUUUCUUUAUCCUUUGAAGAGCUCUUAAAUGGUUUUAGAUGAACUAGACGCUAGAUAUAGGCAUCACUCGGCCUGUGAUAUGCAGACUUCAUUAUUUCACUCUAAGUUACCUGGUGAACCAUAUUGUUGUCAGAUGAGGACGACAUACACACACUAUAGAAGACAUCAACCUUCAAGGGUGGCUUUUGGAUGAUAAGUUUUGCAGUAGUGUCAUCCCAGAAUGAUGACUUCCACGAAGGUACAAGUUUUAUUUUUUAUGUUUUCUGAGCAGACUUGAAUAGUUUAUGUAGCCCUCGGUAAAAAAGGGGGGAAAAAAAACAAAUAGAAGAUGUUUUUUCCUCUCAAAUCGCUUUAAGUUGCUUGAUUCUGUACUGAGCACAGUAGAUUGAGUUGAAAUCAUAGAUCCAAAAAGCCAUGUUUCAGAAUAAGAGACCUUUUUCUGUUUUGUUGGCAAAUCCUCCAAUUCCAUUGUUAUUUUAUUUAUGUUCUUUUUGUUUAAUAUAGACCUUUACUAGUAUUAAUGGCUUAAUUAUACAGACCUCGAGAAUCACGAAGUUGAAGAAUGACCAAAUUGUCUCGUUUUGUCUCCCUGGCAUAUAGUUUAAAACAAAUGUCUGACAUACUGAGUGCUGCUCCGGUUUGUAGCGAGCUCAAUGUGCAUUUUCCAGUCAAACGUGUUUGACUGCAAGCUUUCAGUUUUGAUAGAGCCAGGACCUAAGGGCAGUGUCCAAUAAUGACUUGGCUAGGCCUUGCAAUCAUGCACGAGCCUAUGGCAGUGGCAGCAGCCAUUUCCCAUAGAGUCGUGUUUAAGCCGCAGCCAAGUAAUUUGGACGUACGGGCGCGGCCGUAGCUGUUCUGUGAAAUAUUGGCCCUUUUUGAUUCAAGGUCGUUGUUGCUCAGCACCUUUUUUGUGCCGCGCCAACACGUUCAAACAAGCAACCUGUUCAAGCUGGCUUGAUUGGUUAGUGGUUUAGUUCUGCUCUAAGCGAAAUUAUUCUUGUUCGGUAUGGUAGCUUCGACCCUAACAGUUGUCAAUUUUCCAAUUUCAAUAUGAUUUUAGGGUUAAUUUGUUUUAUCCACAGCUUCAAAGAAAGUGGCAAGAACUUGAAAAUCUCAAGCCAGAUUGCCCCCUCCCCAGCUUAAGUUACACCACUUGUGUUCAGUGUUUGGGUCGAUUUCAAGAUGUUUUAUUAUUUUUUGUCAUUUGGCUCGGUGUCCUUUUCAAAGAAUUGGUUUUGGACGCAUCAAUGUUGCCACCGUUAUUUAAAUGUUGGAGUUCUGUUCUCUUCCUCGACAUUUGCCAGAACCUUUUUUUUUUUCAUUGUUGACUCGUAGAAUGUAUUUAGAUAGGCCUGAAUUAGUCAACGGACAAAAUAGUAAAUUGAAUGAAUGUAAAUGUAUAUUAAACAUAACGUAUGGAUACAAAACAA